CUUGCCCGGCCACAUGGAGACACCCUUGGAGAAAGCCUUGGCCACGCUGGUGUACACCUUCCACAAAUACUCAGGGAAGGAAGGCAACAAGUUUACUUUAAGCAAGCAGGAGUUGAAGGAGCUGGUGAAGAAGGAGCUGGCACUCGAAGAGAAGAUGAAGGAUGGGGGAAUCGACAAGCUUAUGAAGACCCUAGACAAAAACAAAGACGAAGAAAUUGACUUCAAGGAGUACACUGGCUUCCUCUCGGCCCUCUGCAUGACCUACAAUGAUUUUUUCCAGCAGGAUUCAAAAUAAGGAGUG